GAAUACCUAGACACAAUACUCCCAUUCAAAACCUUCAACCGACGCAAGGCAUCAUCACCACCCUACACAAGUGAACAGCCCAUCACAGCCCAAUAUGCACUCAGAGCACGACGCAGGGUUCACAGUCCACUGCGACAGCUUGGAAUGGCUUCCUCUUGCCCCCGGUGUAUUUAUCAAAAUCGUCAAGCUAGUUCCAGAAACCGGAGAAUACACAAUCAUGGUCCGCGCCGAACCCGGCGGUCUCCUUCCUCGCCAUCGACAUGUUGAAAGUGCGGAGAUUUACGUUCUCAAAGGAAGCGGUGCCCACCCCCAGACUGGCGCAUUUGUUCAGGGGGAUUACGUUUCGGAAAGCAAGGGAGCUGUGCAUGAUCCUCUUCCGUUUGAGCAUGAAACGGAGCUUUUGAUGGUGAGCAGAGGACCUUCGGUGUUUUUGGCUGAUGAUGGGUCGGAUUUGUAUACGAUGGAUGUGGCGAUGUUGCAGGGUAUGGUUGAGAGAGCGAAAUAAGUUGAGGUAUUGGGGUUAGAUUUGAUACUCAGAAGGAUGUGAGGUUUUGGACGUGAAACAUGAAUGUAUCUUGGGCCAUUAAAUUGGAGGAGGGUCGGUUCGUCUGCAGUAUUAAUAUCCCG